AGAGUCGUGUCAUCUGGCGCGGAGAACCACUAUUUAUGCAUAGGACGCAGAUGGUGCGGUCUUCAUAAGCAGUCAUUCACUGAGACACAUAAAACGAUUCUUCACUCUCAUCACCAUGAUCUUGUGGAGCGUGGCCUUUCUGCUGGCGGCUGGCGCAUGGGCAGCCGACGAGGAACCGCGGGAUGAGAGCCACAUCACCCUGGCGCUGGACUGGGCCAUGAACUGGGGCGAGUGGGGCCCGCAGGUUUACUGUCCUCUCGGCACCUUCGCCUACGCCUUUCAGAUCAAGGUGGAGGGCGAGGACCACUUGGACGACACCGCCAUGAACGGCAUCGAGCUCUUCUGCCGCGCCCCAGCUGAUACGGGACACGACGGACGCCCACCCAAGAAGGACGCCAAGGAGUUCACUAUCACCUCCACCGUCCAGCAGUGGGGGGAUUGGAAAGGCAAACGAGAAUGCGCCACGGGCUACCUCACCGGCCUGCGCAUGAAGAGCGAGGAGGACCAAGGCUUCUUCAUCGACGACACGGCGGCCAACGACCUCGAAAUGCAAUGCCACUGGUCCACCGACACUCUCAACGGCGGCGGCGACCACUGGGGGACAUGGAGCAGCUGGGAGUCCUGUCCGCACAACUGGGCGAUCUGUGGCAUUGAGACUCGAGUUGAGGCUGACAGUGCCACAGACGACACAGCUCUCAACAAUGUACGAAUGUUCUGUUGUAGCCUUAACGACAUGCCACCAACUUUAGCCCCUAAGUAAUGCAAAUGGAUAUGGAAUAAAUUUGAGGGAAUG